AUUGUCGUUGGUUCGUCGGUCGGCGUUCGUGCACUUUCGUUUCGAAUAUUGUUUUGUUUGGUUUACGCCGGCGGGCGCGUGAAUUUUGAUAGUAAAUUACGCGCCGUUAUUUAUAUUUUCGUUCGCCUGCUGCGCGCAUAGCUUUACCAUUCGUAACCGCGAAGAGAUACUUUACAUGUGGAAUACGUUCGGUGUAUUUAUUUUUUCUGGAGUCUGUGAGGCUAGUGUUCGUUUGUCGGUGAUGGUGGUCGGUUAGUGCUCCUACGAUGUCGGAAGCGACGACGCCGACGGGCGAGGCGCCCGUGCUGGAGCUGGACGACCGGGACGCGGAGCCCCGGACCCCGAUGAAGCGGCUCGGCUCCACGAGGAAGCUGGCUGCAUUCAACAAUAUUCGCGUACAACUGACAGAACAGACGCGAAUACUAGAAGCACGGGCCGAAGCGGCAGCGGGCGUCGCAGCAGAACUACACGACUAUUGCCGGAGACGGGCAGAACUAGAGGCAGAGUAUUCUCGAGCACUUGACAAGCUAGUCCGAGCCGCGCAUCAGAAACAUAAGGAGCAGAAACACAAACGCGAGCAAUGGUCGCUAACGGGCGCCUACGCGUGUUGGCAGGCUGCGCUGGAUAGCACGCGCUCGCUGUCCAAAGACCAUGCGGCGUUGGCCGCGUUAUACGGAGGGCAACUAGCGUCAAGAUUGCAAAGGGCGGCUGACGACGCGUUGAGGUUACAUAGGAAAUGCCGGGACAUAGUACUGGAACGCCAUGAAGAAGUAGGCGCAGCCUUAGCCGACGCGGCAGCCGCGGGGAAGGCGCAAGCUGCAGCGGCCGCAGAAUGGCGCGCCGCAGCAGCCAAGCUGAGACACGCCCAUGAUCAGAAGACUCGGCUGGCUGCCGCCGACCCUCCUAGGGUUAAGAAGCUGAAGGCUUUGGAUAAAGAGCUAGAGAAGCGACGCGGCCGGCACAGCGAGGCUCGCGCUAAGGCCCUGCGCGCACGCGCGGACUACGUAUUGAGUCUGGAAGCUGCGAACGCGACUCUGCAGCGGUACUACCUUGACGACAUCCCCGAUAUCAUGCUUUGCAUGGAGGUGGGUUUCGAGGCCGUAGUGGGGCGCUGCGUGCGCACCGCCGCCGAGGCCGAGGCCGCGCGCGCGGCGGCCCUGUGCGCGGCCGCCGGCGCGCUGCGGGGCGCGGCCUCGGCUCUGGACUCUUUGAAGGACCGACAAACGACGCUGGACGCUCACGCGCCGACUUUCGCGUUGCCACGGCCACUGCCUUAUCAAGGGACACCUCCUGAAGAACAAGACCAAGAAAUGCGUGAGCUAGUAAACGGGGCAGCAGAAGAACAGGACGCAGCGGCGGCAGCGGUGGCAGCAGAGCUCGCGCAAAGAUUGCAGCAACUUGAGAACGGUGCGAGGGCGCUUAGAGCUGAAUGUAGAGAGAGUGCUAAAACUCUUGAUGCGGCUGAAGCUGAACUUGUUAAACAGAUGGAAGGCGGCGGGGCGCAGUGGGAGACGGCGCGGCUGUUCGGGCCGGACGCGCCCGCGCCGCCGCCGCCCGACGAGCAGGAGGGGCCGAGGAAGGAGCAGGAGGACUACUAUCUCGCGAAGUUCCGGUCGUACGUGUGUAGCGCGGGGCGGCUGGCGCGGCUGGAGAGCAAGGCGGCCUGCAUGCGCGCGCGCCUCGUGCGCCUGGCCGCGCUCCCCGCCGCGCCCGCCCCCGCGCCCGCCUCCCCGCCCUCCCCGCCGCGCCGCGCCGCCGCCCGGCUGCGCCGCGGACAGUUCGCCGCGCCGCUCGACGACCAUCUCGCGGCCGCCAGGGCCGACCUGCCGAGGGUGCUGACCUCGUGUGUGCGCGUCAUAUCCAGCUACGGUCUGCGACACCAAGGCAUCUUCCGCGUGUCAGGGUCUCAAGUGGAAAUGCAAGCAUUACGCGCGGCCUUCGAGAGGGGGGAUGACCCGCUGGCACAUGUGAGGGACGCCUCCGAUAUCAACUCUGUGUGUGGCCUCCUAAAGCUAUACCUCCGUGAGCUCCGUCCACCGCUUCUACCGCCACAACUACAAGAACGCCUACUACGUUUAGCCGCUUUACCGAGCGACGCGGACUUUGUACGGCGCAUGCGUGAACUGUUAGCGACGUUGCCGGCUUCGUCUGUGCUGGUGUUGCGGUAUCUGCUGGCGUUCUUGGCACAUUUAACAGAGUACAGCGAAUACAACAUGAUGGACGCGUGGAACCUGGCCAUCUGCGUGGGGCCCACGCUGCUCGCGGCGUGGGGCGAGGGCGGCGCGCAGCUCGCGGCGCAGAACCUCGUCAACGAGCUAGUCAAGAGGACUAUCAUACACCAUGCCGCCAUCUUCCCUCAGGACCUCGCGCCGCAUGCGCUCUAUAAGCGACCAAGUGAAGAGAACGAGACCGUCACAGAGGAAGGCGAGAGCGCGGCCGGCUCGGACGACGUCGACGCGGCCGAGGAGCCCGACGUCAACGACGACCUGUCCUUGUACGACGACGACGAUGAAAACGAUGACGGAACUCCAGCAGAUAUACAAACAGAUUACCUUCAAUGUCUACUAUAUAUUGACAAUGAAAUAAGCGAAGACGGUGAGAACGGAGAAUGGAGAGAACGGGACAGGGACUCAAUAGAAAGGAGAUCGGAGAGUCUGCCGCGGCGACAGUCCGUGCCCGCUCCUCAGGUCCGCGAGCCGUCCCCCGCCGCUCCCGCCCCUUCCACCUCUGCACAAUGCCGGAGGCUAGCGGAGGCCACGCCGGACCUAGUGCUGGACUUACCAGCACGGGCGCCGAUUGAGGCCACCGUACCGCCCGCCGACGCCGCCGAAACGUUCGCUAGCAACCGCGACACGCUGAAGAAGCGGCCCUCGCACAAACCAUCAUCAUCAGACAGCACAAUCGCCCCCGACGACCCUCCCGACCCCACAGACAAGCCUGACGAGGCCGAAACCUCAGCAUCGGCCUCGGCGGCCCCUGAAAGCCCAGUACCCGCACGCAACACCGCCCGCGUCGCCGCCAAAUUCGCCGACUUGACGCUUACCGGCGGCUCGCUCAAACCGGCUUUAGCCGCUAAACCGGCCUUGCUGAGGAGGCCUACGCCACAUCCGCAACAUGCGAGGCCGCAGCCGCCGCCUGACGAAACCACUUAGGGUACAAAUAGACGCCUAGGGCACGAAACGCACAAUCGGCGCUGACGUCGACCGCUAUAUUGGCUAAAAACAAUGCCGUUGGCGUAACAUCUUGGCCACGACAUUGCGCGACUGGCUUCGGCUAAGGCGAUAACCAGAGGUUGGAGCGAGACACAGCGAUCGGACCUUUCGUUCCCACUUAUGGUUUUCGCCUUAGCCGAAGCCGGUCGCUCACCAAUAUCGUGGCCAGGACGUAAAGCGGGAUUUACAUUACGAAAUUAGUGGCGUGAAAUUAAUGUCGUGAUAGUAGUUUUACCAACAGUUUUACGCGUAAUUUAUAACAUGCAUUACGAAAGUAUUAAAUUACACGUGAAACUGUUGGUAAAACUACUGUCACGACAUUAAUUUCACGCCACUAAUUUCGUAAUGUAAAUCCCGCUUAAGAGUCGAACGUGCACUCUCGUAGCGUGCGUUCCGUGGUCCUCGGCUGAGACGCCCAAGCCGGCUUUGGCGAAACUGGCGUUGCUGAAGCCGUAUCAUUGGCCGCCUGAUGAAGUCAUUUAAAGCUUGACAGUUAUAGGUCUCCAGGACUCGAUUGUAGUUCGAAAUUUCUGAAUGCGAACCUGUUUUAAGGAAAUUGGUAGUAUUGGUAUUCAAUGCUGAAGUCGAAGAUCAAUUUGUGUUGUAGUAGUUAUGUCUGGUUUCAAUCUGAUACGUACCUACCGAUUGACUGCUACAUAAUUUGUAACGUAAUAUUUGCAUAAGCACACACAUCGCAAACUAUUCAGAACUAUAACUGGGUCUUGUUGGACCAUAAUUGUUUGGUUAAAAUGGCGCUUAGAGACGAUUGCAUCUAUCGAUAUUAUCAGCUCUUUUAUCGUCUACACCCUUGAAUGUACUUACAAUGUUAAUCUUUAUAAUACUGAUUUAAACUUUCACGAUUUACGAACUUAUUUUACGCGAUUAAGUCUCGUCGUUGUGAAUAAUAAUCUUUAUAAUAUACCUAUAUAUAACUCAUGGUUGCGUGAAUGAGGAUUCAUAUUUUAGAAAUAAUUUUAUAUAUACGUCCAGUUUGCCCUAAAAUAAACCUUAUUGAUGCGACUAUGACCGUCACGUAUUUACACCAACAUCACAAUUGUCACUUGACACUGGCAAUUUGUCAAAAUGACAAGUAACAACCGUACGUAGUGUACGUAGCAGUGUAUUGUCAGUGUCAAUCGUCAAGUUACUAAAAAAGCUCAGUUACAUAUCAAGCAAAGUGCUCAAACAAACCUAAUUGCUCAUUGAAAUGUUUUUGAGUAUUUUUUUUAAAGAUGCAAUCGUCGAAAAUGAAUAAGAGGCUUAAAAUCAUCGACCUUUUGGUCACAAUGUCGUCCGACAAACGUUCUUAUGUUGCGAUGUCUUAUCGCUGAGGUUUUGCUGGAUCGACAAGUCUGAAAAACGUUUGAGCUUGUGUGAGAGGGUGCUUUUUAGACAUUUACGCCACUAAAAAUGCCGGCUAAUCCGAGAAAGAAGAGGAUAAACGCGCACAGAUAGCACUGCAAUCGAUUACCUAACUUAAGCGUAACCAAAUAAUAAAAUACAGUUGGAACCUUUUUAAUCUGUAGGGUUUUAAUCUUGACGCGUUACGGUGACAAAUUUUGAAUUUCACUGCGUUUUUAGAGAUCGAUAUGUUCAACCAGACUGCAGACUAGAGAAAUGUUCGUUCUAAAAGAAUGUUUUAAUUAAUCUGACAUGUCACAAGUUAACAAACUUAUGGCAAAACUGGUUACAUUACACUUGUAAGAUCUUUCUUACCUUCCUUAAAAGACGUUUUUACAUUUUUGUUGAUCCAGUAUAAAACAGCGUUUUAAUCAUAAUUAUUUUUCUAGAACAUAUUGACAUAAUAAUUCGACUUAUACGAGUUCAGAAUGUAGUUAUAAAUGUAUUGCUAUUUUAAUAAUUAUUGUAUUGUAUUGACAACGUUAUUAUCAAUAGUUGUCAAAUUUGUAUGGAUGGAUGUAUUUUUGUGUGCUCAUCUCAUGUACUCAAUUUCUACUAGGGUAAGUUUUAUUCGUACUAGCGGUCCCUGUCUGUAAGCUUGUGGUGCUUAAAAUGGUCAAACAUAAUUAUACGUAUUGUAAGAAAGAAAUGGGUUUAACAUCCCACAGGUUAGAACGAGAUUGAAAUUCUAUACCUAGUCUUGUAUAUGUAUAAACUGCCUGUUUUACAAAAUGGAGGUCUCUUCCUUCAGAAAUGGCAGCAAAUAUCAGUUUGGGAAAAAUAAUACUUUUAACACCAAAAAGAAAUUGCAGAGUCGUCUCGUAAAAAACUUCAAAAAACUGGUCUUCUCUCAAAAGAUUUGACCAUUUUAACCCCCCUGAAAUCGUGACCUGAGAAAUGAAACUUUUAAACUACUCGGUUAAGUGCGCAUGGCAUUAUUUGUCAUUCAACUAGGCUCUUUUAUAAACUUGACAAUUGUCAUUUGACAUUAAUACUUUGUCGUACAUACGGCUUUAUAAAAAUAAAGUUCUAAAGUACAUAGCGAUUAGCGAUUGUCUUUACUUGUUAACACAUUCUCUGCCAACGUUUUUUUAAGCGCUACGCUUGUGGCCGAUCCCGGUUUUCCGGCUUUGUACCUAUAGGAAAGCGACUACGAACACCGAGAAACCGCCGAGCGGGUUUCCGGCACUCAACGUGUUAAUUCAGAAAUAUGCGGUGAAUUUUUAGUGUCAUAUCACAAUUGUCAAGUUUGUUUUUUUUCUCAGAUCGCGAAUUAGUUAUUUCUCUUUCUUAUAUCCAGCCCUCGGGCUAGCCGGCCGCUGCUCGUGUAUGGGACAUUAAAUCGUAUUUAUAUGGACACAAGAUCUAUUUUAUAUAUCAUUAUUUUUAUACGCUUCUCGAAUGCGGCAGUCGAUCUAAAGAUUAGGUAAAUUCUAUUUAAAUUAAGCGUUUUAUGGUGUCUAGUAUAUUAGGAAGCUGUAGAAUGAAAGCAGGAAAAAUAAUAUGCUAAUACGAUACAUAAGUAAUAUUGGGUAGCUCCUUUAAAACUGCAUACGGUAUAGCGUUUUUUUUUACUUUUGUGUUUUAUUUUUAAGAGGCGCAAAAGUAACCAGUGAUUAAACAAAUAAAUAUUUAAAAUCAAUUUAAGUUAACUGCAUCGACAUUAGUUAAAGUGAGGAAGUAGUACGAACGUCAUAUUUUAAAAGUAUUUUGAUAUAUGGUGAGUGGUGACAUUUUGAUAUUCUGUCGCUUCAAAGUCUAUGCAGAGUUGACAUGGUCCGAUUCUACUUAAUUUGUUAGUCCACCAAAAAUGUGCUCAAUUAGAAUUGAUCAUACAAUGUUGAAUUAAUCAUUUUGCGACCACUGUCUAAAUACUUACCUAUGUGACAAGGCGCACAAUUUAAAUGUAAAGAUUGAGCGUCAAAACUAUUAAGUUAUUAAGCAACGGUCAUAUUCUAAAUUAGGCCUAUAACUAACAAUAACGGUCGGCUGCCUCAUUUGAGGGUAUGGUAUACACGUGAGAUGGAAGUGAGGUAAUGAGGUAGUGAGUUAAGGUUGAGAGCGGCGGCCGUCGUCUGUGAUAUAUUGUAUCGAAUCUGUACCUCUGUAACCUUUUCACAAUAAACCAGUAUUACCCGCGUA